UUCUUUAUCACUUACGCCUCUCUUCUCUCUUCUCUCUUCCUCAUUCCUCUUAACAACAACUUCCCUAUCUCUCUUGCACCUCUUUGGAAACUCAAACAUGAGGAAAAAGGGAGGUGUAGAAGUAAUAAAGAGCUCUGUUUUUUGAAAGAUAUAUAUGUUUUGGUAGAAUUGCAAAAACACAAUUAAUUAAGAGAUGACAUGGUGCAAUGACUCAGAUGAUCAAGAUAGAGGCAUUCAACUAAUAACUUCCACUUUUAUUCGUAGAAUUGUUAGCAAUGAAACUGAUCUUGUUACUCAUGACACAAAAUUACCAACUCAAAUUCGAACCUUAACUUGCCCCUCAUGUGGUCAUAACAUUCAAUUCCAAGAUCAGGGUGGAAUAAAUGAUUUGCCGGGGUUACCAGCUGGAGUGAAGUUUGAUCCGAAUGAUCAAGAGAUACUACAACAUUUGGAAGCAAAGAUUAUGUUUGAUGUGCCUAAACUUCAUCCUCUUAUUGAUGAGUUCAUACCAACACUUGAAGGAGAGAAUGGAAUUUGUUAUACACAUCCAGAAAAGCUACCAGGUGUAAGCAAAGAUGGACAAAUCCGUCAUUUCUUUCACCGGCCUUCAAAAGCUUACACAACAGGAACAAGGAAAAGAAGAAAGGUUCAAACCGAUGAAGAAGGAAGUGAAACAAGAUGGCACAAAACAGGGAAAACAAGACCAAUUUUUAUUAGUGGUGUUAUGAAAGGUUUCAAAAAGAUACUAGUCCUUUAUACUAACUAUGGUAGACAAAAGAAGCCUGAAAAAACUAAUUGGGUAAUGCAUCAAUACCACCUUGGCAAUAAUGAAGAAGAGAAAGAUGGAGAAUUAGUUGUUUCAAAAGUUUUCUACCAAACACAACCAAGACAAUGUGGUAAUAGUAAUUCCAUUAUGAAGGAUACUUAUGAAAAUAGAAUGAGUGAAAGAAAUGUCCAAGAUGAUGACAAUAUAGUAUCUAAAAAUGUGGUUCCUACUAUGGAUUACUAUAAUUGUGAUCCUUUCAUGAAUUAUGAACAUGUUGGUCAUAAUUUGGAAAGCUCACCACAACUUAUUUCGAACUUGGUUAUGCAAGGUGAUGAUGGCUCUUCUUUUAUUCGAUUAGCAAUGGAUGCAAACAAAGCCAGGUUGGACAGAAAUUAGCUAUGUGAAAAAAACAUGAUUUAUAAUAUUAACAGUGGUGACUAUGUAUAUGUUGAUGGUUUAUAAUUAUAUAUAACAUAACAAUAUAUUCUUUAUAUAUGGAUUAUAAAUUAUUAUUGAGAAAAUGGAGGAUGGAUGAAGAAAUAAAGUUUGGCUUCCAUGUAUACUGUGAUGUGUAUAUAUAUGGAGGUCAUCUUAAUAAUUGACCCCUGUUUGAUCAUGUUGAGGCAAGAAAGAUAAGGUUCUUCUGAGUUUUGGUCGUGCUUUUUAUCUUAAUUUUAAGAGAAAUGCAAAUACACAACAUCGUACAAAGCACAGGUCAAUUGUGUGUGCAUGUAUGGGAACUGAGUUGUAUAAUGCAUUGGUUGUUCAUAAGUGUAUCUAUAUAUAUCAUUUCUCUAA